AUGUCCACCAACCUUUCGACUGGCGCCGUUCUGCACGAUGUCGAGCGCACAGCUGGCAAAAAGGAACAUGGACAGCACGCCGACCACCGAGCACAGACAACAACAACAACAACAACAACGACAACCACAGGGACUCGAGUAUUCAGUUCCUCGUCCUGGCGGAGGUUCCUACAACAGAGCCAAGAGGCCAAAGUCAACAACAUGAACAUCUCUCUCAAGGAGAAUCCAAAGUGGUACCAGAAGCUCCUCGACGCCGGAGUCGAGGAAAACGGGAUCCAGCCGGUUCCGAUUGAGGGGAGGACUUCGACGCAUCUCUACCUAGUAAUCAUCCCCCUCCUCCUCAACGCCGCCACCGUGACCGGCUUCUCCCUCAUGUCCGCCAUCGCCGGCGGGCAGACCCUCGCAGCCCUCAACCCCUCCCACGUGAGCGUCAACGUAGGCAUCAUCAUCACCUGCCUCGUCGCCUUCGGCGUCUCCCUCCUCGGCUUCAACUUCGUCCACUUCUGGCAACGAUAG